GAUGUCGCUCAAGAUCGAGCCAAAGAGUUACUAGAAUAUGUCGGUUUGGGCGAGCGACUAGAGCAUCGUCCGUCUGAGCUUUCGGGCGGUGAACGACAACGCGUCGCCAUAGCGCGUGCUUUAGUCAAUCAACCAAAAGUUGUGUUGGCAGAUGAGCCGACAGGCAAUCUUGACCAAAAAACAAGUGAAGCGGUGCACGAUUUACUCUGGACGCUCAAUGACCAAUUCAGCCAGACGUUUAUCAUCGUGACGCAUAAUCAGACACUCGCCCAACGCGCCGACCGGUUGAUUCAACUCGUGGAUGGGCAGGUGUUCGACCAAGUGUGACUGUUAGAGUUCUAAAUAUGUGAUAUUCAGCGAGUCGUAGAUUCGAGGAAAACGCUAUGUUGGUUUAUAUUGAUGGGG